AUGUGGACGCCCAGCCGUGGAAAUGCGGGCUGGUUUCUCAGCAGCAACAGUGACUGCCACCUCUCGAGAAGAAGCGGCCAGCGGCAAGCAGGGGACGCGGCGGCCGCGCGUCCCCGCUCCUCGCCCCGCGCGGGGCUCCUGCUGCCGGCAGCGGCUGCUCUGACGGCGGCGGCGGCAGCGGCAGCCACACAGCGCUUAGGGGACCCGGCGAGCCAGUCCACAUGCUGCUCUGACGAGGCGGCUGCUCAACCGCGGGCCGGCGAUAUAAUUUUUUUUUUUUUUUUUUUUUUUAAGGACAACUUCCUGGGUCCGCCAGGGAAUCAGGAACUCCCCCGCCCCCUUUCCUCCCGCCCCCCACUUUCGCACCCAGUGCACGCCUCGAGAUGCUCCGGCGCGGGUCCCGGUCGCCUGGCCGGGGUGGGGAGGGUGGGGGAAGGCGUCUGCGGGCUGGGCUGCAGGCAGGGGGCUGCGACGCCGGGCGGCGGCAACAGCAGCCGGCGCGGGAGAGCCGCGGGCUGCCCCCAGGAGCGCCAAGCCGCUGCCCCCGCUGCAGUGGCGGGGGCGGGGUCGCAGGAGGCAGCGCGCGGGCUGGGGCGAGGCCCGGGACGUGGGGACGCGGCGACCUGUGAGCGGGAGCAGUCAGCGCCCCAGCUCAGAGCCGUCGGCUGGGGGCGAAGGGCGCGCCGGGCGGCCGCGCGGGGAGGUGACAGCUGCCGCGGUGGCGCCCCCGAGGCCCCGGCGGCUGCGGGACGCGCCGCGCCCGCUUCCUGCCUUCAGCCGCCCCAGCCCCCUGGUCGCUCCGCGCAGUCUCCGGGCCAACUUUGCACCGGGUUUGCGAGCCCCAGCCCGGGGCGCCUGGGGAGAGCCGCGGCGGAGGAGAGGAGCAGGAGGAGAGCGUUUCCUUCACUCUUGGGCUGCCUGCUCGCCUUCAGCGUUUUUCCGCGCUCCGGCUGCCGGCGGCGUUGGCGGAAUCAACAGCUCCCCAGCCUGCUGGCUGUUUGGACGAGCCGUGCAGCCCCAAAUAAGGCAGAUUGAUUAGAUGCGCGAUGGAGGGUGAUGGAUGCAGGAGGAAAUAAGUUUUAGAUAGAAAACUUAUGUAAGGAAUAGAAACGAAACGUGCACUCGUGUGUGUGUGUGUGUGUGUGUGUGUGUGUGUGUGUGUCCAGAGUUACAAACACUUACAAGUCUUUCUGUAUCUUUAAGGAGGCAGAUACUUUGGACCUGUCCAGGACGUUUGCGUGUCCACAACCCUCAACAAUCGCCCCUCAGCGGUGUUUCUUAAUGAACGUUAAAUCAUUUGCUGUAAAUGAAGCCACCAGGGAGCGAGGUGCACGGAGAAUAAAUGACCUGUGCAGAUACGUGUUCUGAAAUGAGAAGGAAGCCUUGCCGGAGUCAGGAGGAGGUGUGCCCUUUCCACCCCGCGCUGACCUAGUGCGGUUCUCUCUCGCCCCACUCGCCCAGGGGAAAUGUGGACACAGAGACAGAGGCACAGGGAGAUUGCCAUGUGAAGACUGGAAUUAUGCCUCCACAAGCCAAGGAAUGCAAAAGAUCACCAGCACACCACCAGCAAGGACAGACACAUGGAGCAGAUUCUCCCUCCCAGCCCUCCGAGGUAACCAAUCAGGCCAACAUCUUGAUUUCAAACUUCCAGGCUUCAGGACUGCAGGACAAUUCCUGUUAAAGCAACCCAGUUUGUUGGACUUUGUUCUAGCAGUUUGAGGAGACUAAUACACCUUGUACAGAUGUGCCACAGUCUGUUUAUCCAUCACCUAUUGAAGGACGUCUUGGUUGCUUCCAGGUUUAGGCAAUUCUGAAUCAAGCUGCCAUAAACAUU